AUGAAAGAUGCCAAAGUCCAUUUUCUUCUUUGCAUAAUCGCCCUACUAUUCACUCCCAGAGUUCUUUAUGAAUAUGUCUCGAACCUCCACCCAUCGAAUAUAUCACAACAGGCAGCGUUUUUGCAGAAAAGACAAGACGAUAGCAAUGAAAAUGCUACUUCCGGGAACGGAAAUACUACUUACAUUUCAGAUACCCUUCAACUAGCGGACACUGGCGUCACUUUGAAUGUCAGCACCAUCAAUCCAGAUAACCAAAAUUACUUGAAAACUUCAGGGUUUAAAGUACUAGAUUUCAUCCAAGCAUGUUAUACUCCUACAAAUAUAUCUGUUUGCGGCGUUAAUUCUCCCGUGGUUUACCUCAUAGAUGGCCAUGUCGGCACACCUCCACAGCAAUUCCAAUCAACUAUAGAUAUCAACACCUACGAAACUUUUUACUCAACUUGCAACACCUUGACAGAUUGCCCUGUUUCAAAAUCCCAAAACUUAUAUGCCUGUAUGUACAACUCUUACGACCCAAACAUUUCCUUCUCCUUUAAUUAUGAUAAUUCCAGUUAUGUGUCGAAUUUUGUCUCCAGUGGCUCGACUACCAACAUUCAAGGCUGCUGGGGGUGGGAUAAUGUCACUUUGGGAAUUAAUGGUUCUCAAUAUGAGAAUACGGUGAUGGAUUAUUUUGAAUUCCCUACCAUCAAUGCCAACGGUGGGAAUAUUUAUUUCGAAAGCAUAUUGGGACUUGGUUUGGAACCGCUAAUUAGUCGAAACAACUUCAUCAGCGAUAAGCAAAGAGCUCAGUAUUAUAACCAGUACACCACAAACUAUAGCAAUUCAUUACUUGAUACGUUGAAAACUUAUGGGGCAAUAAACCUGAAAGUAUAUUCCAUGUACGUCAAUGAAGAUGGUACAGGAAAAUUGAUACUAGGAGCAGUUGAUAAGGCCAAGAUUGGUAAUGGGGGAAAAUUAACAUAUUUUGAAAACCUACAGUACAAAUAUUUUGAUUCUUCGGUAGUGAAGAUGGACACAAAAAGUAAAUUUCACCUUUACAGACCCUUCAUUAACAUCGAUUAUAUUCUGACGGAUGGGUUGAAUAAUUACAAAGCAAAACAAAAGCAAAAUAUUGUUUAUGAUGCGAUUAUUGAAAGCACUACCCGCACCAUUUAUGGCCCUAAAGCGUAUGUUGCCAGUGUUGCCAAAAAUUAUGGACUAACCAAUUACAAUAAUCAAUACUUUAUGAACUGCACAACUACUGGAAAGCCGUUGGAAAUUGUGUUCAGUCAAGGGUUGAAUAUUUCUAUCCCGUGGGAGGAUCUAAAGUUCAAGAAUUUGGAUCCCAGCACUAACAAAAAACAGAAUAGAGAUUGUGUUUUUGCCCUUAAUUACAAAAAAAACCAGGAUUACUUUGUCUUGGGCCAAACUUUCCUUAAUAAUGUUUAUUUCUACUCGGAUAUCGAAAAUAAUCGAUACGGAAUUGCUCCAGUUAAUAGAGUCAGUGAUACGGUUUUUGAAAUCCAAACUGUUGCCCUGUCAUCCGCUUAA